CGGAGGGAUGUUUCCACCCAUAUAUAUGAGUUAUUUUUCUUCUCUAUAGUACUCACAUUAAACAUUGAACUUCCUUGGAUUCAGUCAAGAUAAAUAUCCCAAAUUCGUAUUGUCUUUUAUGGGAUGGCUUUUUUAAAAACCAAAAUAGGAUAGUAAUCUUGCCUGUUUUUCCAGGGGUACAGAGGUUGGUUUGCACAGAUGAGUAACUCUUCACAUGCCUCAUCGACACUGAUAUAGAUUCAAAUGAUCAGGUUUUGAAGGCAUUAGCCAGGCUUUGAACCAUUUUUUUUUAAAUGGAGAUUUGCCACAGUCUAGCCCCAAGAAACAGAAUUGGUGGAGGGAGAAUAUAAUCAGAAGAGAAUGUCAAAACUUUAGCCCUUCCCUUGGAUUCUGUAAAUUCCAUAGACCCAAAAUCCAGAAUGUCAAAGUGGGGGAAAUGAGCCUAGAAGUAUGAAAAUGAGAUCAUGCUUCAAGAAUUAGGGAUGCACUUCCCAGAAAAGGGACAUGAUGAAAAGCAGUUUCCUUCCUGUUUUCUAAUCUUGACUCCAGAACCCCAAACAGAAACUCUUCAAUGUCUUGUGUGUUACAGAUUUCACUGCUCCUGUCAGAUUGGAGAUGUGGCUCAUGAUAGUUCUGAUCCUUGGGGCUCCAGUUGCUGAGCAAGUGGCAGACCCCACAAAGGCAGUGAUCACCUUGAAGCCUCCAUGGGUCAGUGUAUUCCGAGAAGAAAAUGUCACCUUACUGUGUGAGGGACCCCACCUGCCUGGGGACACCUCCACACAGUGGUUUCUCAACGGCACAGCCAUUAAGACCCUGACCCCCAGAUACAGUAUUAAUGGAGCUACAUUCAACGACAGUGGUGAAUACAAGUGCCAGACAGGUCUCUCAAUGCCAAGUGACCCUGUACAGCUAGAAAUCCACAGUGAUUGGCUACUACUCCAGGUCUCUAGCAGAGUCUUCACAGAAGGGGACCCUCUGGUCUUGAGGUGUCAUGGAUGGAAGAAUAUGCUGGUGUACAAAAUGCUUUUCUACAAAGAUGGCACGCCCUUUAGGUUUUCUCAUCAGGAUUCUGAAAUCACCAUUCCGAAAACCAACCUGAGUCACAAUGGCAUCUAUCACUGCUCAGGCGAGAUAAGGCGUCUCUACACAUCAGCAGGAGUAUCGAUCACUAUAAAAGAGUUAUUUCCAGCCCCAGUGCUGAGAACAUCCUUCUCAUCCCCUCACCAAGAGGGGUAUCUGGUCAACCUGAGCUGUGAAACAAAGCUGCCCUCACAGAAGCCUGAUCUGCAGCUUUACUUCUCCUUCUAUGUGGGAAACAAGACCCUAAUGAGCAGGACCACAUCCUCUGAAUACCAGACAUUCAUUGCUCAAAAAGAAGACCCUGGGCUAUACUGGUGUGAAGCUGCCACAGAAGAUGGGAAUUUUACCAAGCGCAGCCCUGAGCUGGAGCUUCCAGUGCUUGGCCUCCAGUCAACAACCCCUGUCUGGUUUCAUUUUCUUUUCUAUCUGGCAGUGGGGAUAAUGUUUUUGGUGGACAGUGUUUUAUGUAUUGUAAUACAUAAGGAACUACAAAGAAAGAAAAUGUGGAAUUUAGAAAUCUAUUUGGACUCUCUGGACUCUGGUCAUGGGAAGAAGGUACCUCCUACCUUCAAAAAUAUAGAUAAUUAAAAGAAAGCGGAAACGUCAGAAACAAGAACAACUGCAAGAAAGGAAACACCAGGAGAAGCCCUGAGAGGGUGGACUGUGGCAGUCAUGCCGUGGGUGCCCACACCCCUUCCCUUCUUCUCUGUGUAAGCACGGGGCACAAACAUCCAAAUAUUGACAGACAUGAGAACUGGGACUCCCAUGGCACCUAACUCUUAAAUAAAGCAAAUAAAUGAGGUUGACUUCAAUGGAAAUAAACUUGGAAACUUGGUAACAA